GCGGGGAACCCCGUUGCCACGGCGACGGCAUGGCGGGCCGCUGGUCAUUCGCGACGUAUAUUACGUGUGGGUUUCCCCGGCAACGGCCGCCAUCUACAGUAACUCCGAGCGGACAAAGUAGGGGGGCGGGUGUCGGGGAUGCGAACUGUCUCAGACGCGCGUUUCGAAAAUACUUGGCAUUAAUAUUCCUUUUCUUGCGGCUUGUGGAAGAGAGUGCGGAAAUCCGGUGGUGCAGUGAUGAGCGAGGUAACCGCAUCCCCCUCUGUGCAUUCAUGAAUGAUGAUCAGAACCCCACCGAAAAGGAAACUGAUGGAUCUGCAGUCAAUCCUGUUGAUGAACCAGAAAUUCUCCCUCGCGCCCCAGAAAUGGAGUCAGCAGAACCAGUGGGAGGAAAUUCAGCGGAACUAGAUACAGAACCAGUGGCAGAGCCUGCAGCUGACCCAGAGCCUGUAGAUGAGGAACCUGCAGCUGAAGAAGAACCUGCAGCUGAAGAAGAACCUGCAGCUGAAGAAGAACCUGCACCUGAAGAAGAACCUGCAGCUGAAGAAGAACCUGCAGCCGAACAAGAACCUGCAGCCGAACAAGAACCUGCAGCCGAACCAGAACCUGCAGCCGAACCAGAACCUGCAGCCGAAACAGAACCUGCAGCCGAACCAGAACCCGCAGAUGAACCAGAACCCGCAGCCGAAACAGAACCUGCAGCCGAACCAGAACCUGCAGCCGAACCAGAACCUGCAGCCGAACAAGAACCCGCAGCCGAACAAGAACCCGCAGCCGAACCAGAACCUGCAGCCGAACCAGAACCUGCAGCCGAACCAGAACCUGCAGCCGAACCAGAACCCGCAGCCGAACCAGAACCUGCAGAUGAACCAGAACCCGCAGCCGAACCAGAACCUGCAGCCGAACCAGAACCUGCAGCCGAACCAGAACCCGCAGCCGAACCAGAACCUGCAGAUGAACCAGAACCUGCAGAUGAACCAGAACCUGCAGAUGAACCUGUGGCAGAGCCUGCAACUGAACCAGAGCCUGCGGCUGAGCCUGUGGCAGAGACUGCAACUGAACCAGAGCCUGCGGCUGAGCCUGUGGCAGAGACUGCAGUUGAACCAGGGACAGAAACUGCAGGAGAACCGGUGGCAGAGACUGCACCUGAACAAGAGGGGCAGGUCAUUAAUGGAUCUAAAACUGAACCAGUAGGUAAAUCUGAAACAUCUGAACCUGCAGCUGGCACCACUGAUCAAACUGCAGCUGCAACUGAGAUUUUAGCUUCAGCUGUGACAGAGAUGUCUGCAGACUUUGAAGAAAAAAUUGGAACCUGUUUUGAAGAUCCAUAUAAGCGAUCUGUGCUGUACAUGGAGAAACACAAUAUUCUACAGAUAUUUCAGAAAAUGACUGAAAAUUUGGUGUAUGAAAGACCAGAUGACCCCCUUGAAUUUAUGUUGCAGCAGAUACAAGCAAUGAUCUAUAUGCGGGACGAACAAGAAAUCUGUGUGGAAUAAACUGCGCCAGAACAUACAGUAUUAUGAAAACAUUAUGUAGGAGUUGAUGUAUUUUGAUCUUUAAUCAAGUCUCCUCUUAUUGUUUCUAUUACUGUAAUAUCAUGUAAAGUGCAGUGUACAAAUAGAGAAAGCACGGCAUGUGAACAAUGGCAAAGGUUAAAUGGAUGAGAUAGUUCCGCCUUCCCAAGCAGAACCAAGAAGAUCAGGUCACUAUUUCCAAUCAUGUAUAUUUUGCAUGUUUUUGAUGUUAAGAUAUACAGUGACCCCAAGUUUUUUUCUGAAAGACAAUUAAACAUCUGAACGCAU